AUGUCUCCUAAGGAAGAGGUUCGCGUUCUGGGCAUGCCGCCUUUCCUGGCUGACUUCCUCAUGGGAGGUGUCUCUGCCGCUGUCUCCAAGACUGCUGCUGCCCCCAUCGAGCGUGUCAAGCUCCUCAUCCAGAACCAGGAUGAGAUGAUCAAGCAGGGCCGUCUUGACCGCAAGUACGAUGGUAUCACCGAGUGCUUCAAGCGCACUGCCGCCGACGAGGGUGUCAUGUCCCUGUGGCGUGGUAACACCGCCAACGUCAUCCGUUACUUCCCCACCCAGGCCCUGAACUUCGCUUUCCGCGACAAGUUCAAGAAGAUGUUCGGCUACAACAAGGACCGUGACGGUUACGCCAAGUGGAUGGCCGGUAACCUGGCCUCCGGUGGUGCUGCCGGUGCCACUUCCCUGCUCUUCGUCUACUCCCUCGACUACGCCCGUACCCGUCUGGCCAACGACGCCAAGAACGCCAAGAAGGGUGGUGAGCGCCAGUUCAACGGUCUCGUUGACGUCUACCGCAAGACCCUCGCCUCCGACGGUAUUGCCGGUCUCUACCGUGGUUUCAUGCCCUCCGUCGCCGGUAUCGUCGUCUACCGUGGUCUGUACUUCGGCAUGUACGACUCCAUCAAGCCCGUUGUCCUCGUCGGUUCCCUCGCCAACAACUUCCUUGCCUCUUUCGCCCUCGGAUGGCUCGUCACCACCGGUGCCGGUAUCGCCUCUUACCCCCUUGACACCAUCCGUCGUCGCAUGAUGAUGACCUCCGGUGAGGCCGUCAAGUACAAGAGCUCCUUCGACGCCGGCAAGCAGAUCAUCGCCAAGGAGGGUGUCAAGUCUCUCUUCAAGGGUGCCGGUGCCAACAUCCUCCGUGGUGUUGCCGGUGCUGGUGUCCUUUCCAUCUACGACCAGCUCCAGGUCAUCCUCUUCGGCAAGGCCUUCAAAUAG